UUCCCAAUCUUGGCGGAGACGACGGCGCACGACCGAAAAGAGCUGAAAGGAGAAGAAAUGGUGAGCAGAGAAGCGUUGAUCGCAUACAGAGCUCUGCUCAGGGCUACGAGGAAAUCAUUCGCCGGAGAUACCGAGAUGCUCAAGGCUUCGGCUUCCGAGAUCCGUAAGAAGUUCGAAGAGAAUCGCCACGUGGCUUCCGAUUCCGACAUCCCACGCCUACUCGAAGAAGCUCGUGAGGCGACUGAAUUCAUCUCCACCAUGAUCGUCCAGGCCAAACUCAACGAACGCGGCGGAUACGAGGUGAAAGCAAGUCAGGAACACGCGGGAGCGACUUUGGAGCUUCCGACAGAGGAGAUGCUCUGGAAAAAAUCUGUAUGAGUUAAGUCUUGGUGGUCUCUGAGACCACAUUGUCACUGUCUGAAACUGGAUUUCUUCUCCCUUGCUUGUUUUGUUUUAAUAGGGAAAGGUGUAACCUUUUUUUGUGAUUCUCUGUUUUGUUCUCUCUUCACAGCAAACCCAACUCAGAUUUUUUUAAUAAAGAGCUCAUCACAUUCAAUUUAAAAUGAAGUCCUUCC